AUGGAGAUUAAUGAGCGGCUUACCGCAGACUAUUCGCAGGAGUACCGCAAGAAUAUUCGCUGCAUUUUUAUUUCACUCUUCUUCAGCGUGUCCUUGAGUGCUGUCACUUUGGGACCUCUCUUCGAUGCUUACUUGCUGAACAUUGGUGGGCAGCAUGGCAACAAGCUGGUGGGCGCAGUGGAAUCCACGCGAGGAGUGUUGCAACUGGCAUUUGCCUAUCCUAUUGGAGCCUUGUCUGACAAGAUGUCUCGGGUUCGGCUUUUGAAGGGAGACCUCCUCUUUUGGACGCUUGGUUUGUUCUUACUGUUGCUUGGGAUUGCUUCGGGCAGUGUGCCGAUGUUGUUCAUUGGCAUGGCUGUUUGGGCACCUUGCUCACAGUGCUGGAAUAGCACUUCACAGGUUGUCAUAGCAGAUUCUGCAGCUUCAGCAGCCCGAACCACAGUGUUGUCAAGAAUGACAUCGCUGAGGCUGAUUGCUCAGGCAACAGGCCCAAUGCUGCAAGCUUGCAUGCUUCUACUCUCUGGGCAGAACCAUUGGGGUACCUCACUCUUGAAAGCUGUGACCCUUUCCGGUGCUGUUUUAUGGCCCGGUGUGAUGUGGACAUUGAGAAUGAGUGAUGUACCACCUUUGGAGAAGACAGAAGGAAUGCAUGGAGCACUUGGUUUACGAGUGUGGGGCCCUUCAUGA